GGGCCAUGUCGACCGCCCUCUGUGUCCUCUCCACGCUGGGCGGCUACCUCCUCACCUCGGCGCUCCUGCUCAAGUACCCGGGCUUGCUCCACCGCCCCAAGCGCCACCGGUUCCGUUGCCGGCACAUCUCCCACCGCGGCGGUGCUGGAGAGAAUCUGGAAAAUACCAUGGGAGCUUUUCGCCAUGCAGUUAAUGUGGGGACGGAUAUGUUGGAACUCGAUUGCCACUUGACGAAGGAUGAACAAGUCGUGGUGUCUCAUGACGAGAAUCUGAAACGAUCAACAGGACUAGAUAUCAAUAUAUCUGAUCUCAAGUACUCGGAACUCCCACCAUACCUCUGCAGACUGGAUGUAACUUUUCAGAAAGAGUGCCACUGCGAAGGGGAAGACAAACGCAUUCCACUGCUGAAGGAGGUAUUCGAGGCCUUUCCCCACACCCCGGUCAACAUAGACAUCAAAGUGAACAACGACGUGCUGAUAAAAAAGGUUUCCGAGUUGGUGAGGCAGUACCAAAGAGAACAUUUGACCGUGUGGGGGAAUGUCAGUCAUGAGAUUGUGGACAAGUGUCACAAAGAGAAUGCCCACAUUCCUAUCCUCUUUUGCUUGCGCCGCGUCCUGCUGCUUCUGGGCCUGUUCUAUACUGGGCUCCUGCCUUUCUUUCCCAUCCCAGAGGACUUCUUAGAGAUUCCAAUGCCUUCAAUCAUCCUCAAGCUCAAAGAACCAGAGAAGAUCUCAAGAAGUCAGCGGUUUACCGUUUGGUUUACUGACAUGUUGCUGAUGAGGAAAGCGUUAUUUGACCACCUCACCGCUCGAGGCAUUCAGGUGUACGUCUGGGUACUAAAUGAAGAGCAUGAAUACAAGCGAGCGUUUGACUUGGGCGCGACUGGGGUCAUGACAGACUACCCCACAAAGCUGAAGAACUUUUUGCACAACUACCCUGCAUAACAGGAUGGCAAGGACGGUUCC